AUGGCACAGGGAGAGGGUGAUGGAAUCUCCCGGGGCUGUCAUGGCGGACCUCGUCGACCACUCCCCCGCCAUCCCACCAUUGCGGCGAAACUGAGCACGGCCUCGAAUGUUAUCUUGAUUGACAACUAUGAUUCUUUCACCUGGAAUGUUUACCAGUACCUUGUGCUAGAGGGCGCGACUGUCACGGUGUUCCGAAAUGACGAAGUUACUGUGGAAGACCUCGUCGCAAAGAACCCAACCCAACUGGUUAUCAGCCCCGGACCUGGCCAUCCCGAGACCGACGCAGGAAUCAGCAAUGCGGCAAUCAAACACUUCAGCGGAAAGAUCCCAAUCUUUGGUGUAUGCAUGGGUCAACAAUGUAUGAUCACGACAUUUGGUGGCAAGGUGGAUGUGACUGGCGAGAUUCUGCAUGGCAAGACCUCGGUCUUGAAGCAUGACUCUAAGGGCGUCUAUGAGGGAUUGCCCGAGGUUCUCUCUGUCACUCGGUACCACUCGCUCGCUGGAACCCACUCGACCGUGCCCGAGUGCAUGGAAGUGACUUCGUGGGCAGAGCUUGAGAAUGGAAGCGGUAACAGCGUCAUCAUGGGUGUGAGACACAAGGAGCUUGCGGUGGAGGGUGUGCAGUUCCAUCCUGAGAGUAUUCUGACUGAGUACGGACGUACCAUGUUCAGGAACUUCCUGAAACUUACCGCAGGUACCUGGGCUGGAAACAAGGGCAGCGCUGCUCCUAAGGCUGCCGCUCCCGCGGAGAAGAAGCUGUCAAUCCUGGACAAGAUCUAUGCCCACCGGAAGAAUGCCGUCGAGGAGCAGAAGAAGAUUCCUGCGCUGCGUCCGGAGGCUCUCCAAGCCGCUUAUGAACUGAAUAUUGCGCCGCCACAGAUCUCGUUCCCUGCCCGAUUGAGACAGUCUGACUAUCCGCUUUCUCUGAUGGCGGAGAUCAAGCGUGCAUCUCCUUCCAAGGGCAUCAUCUCGGCCGAUGUGUGUGCACCCGCCCAAGCCCGCGAGUACGCCAAGGCUGGUGCCAGUGUCAUCUCCGUUCUCACCGAGCCUGAGUGGUUCAAGGGUACUAUUGACGACCUUCGGGCAGUCCGCCAAAGCUUGGAGGGGCUCACCAACCGACCCGCUCUUCUCCGGAAGGAAUUCGUCUUUGACGAGUAUCAGAUCUUGGAGGCACGUCUUGCCGGUGCCGAUACCGUUCUACUUAUCGUGAAGAUGCUUAGUGUUGAGCUUCUCACGAGGCUGUACAACUACUCCCGUAGCCUCGGCAUGGAGCCUCUUGUGGAAGUGAACACUCCCGAGGAGAUGAAGAUUGCCGUUGAUCUAGGAUCCGAGGUGAUUGGUGUCAACAACCGUGAUCUGACCAGCUUCGAGGUUGAUCUUGGUACUACUAGCCGUCUGAUGGACCAGGUGCCCGAGACCACGAUUGUCUGUGCUCUCAGUGGUAUUACUGGCCCCAAUGACGUGGAGGCGUAUAAGAAGGAUGGAGUUAAGGCUAUUCUUGUCGGUGAGGCCCUGAUGCGGGCACCCGACACUUCUGCAUUCGUGGCACAGCUUUUGGGCGGGUCUUCUGAGAAGAUUGCUUCGACGUCGACCAGCUCGCCUUUGGUCAAGAUUUGCGGCACACGGUCUGAGGAAGCGGCCAAGGCUGCUAUUGAGGCUGGUGCUGAUCUCAUUGGUAUCAUCAUGGUUCAGGGCCGAUCAAGGCUGGUCCCCGAUGAUGUGGCACUGCGCAUUUCACAAACAGUCAAGUCGACACCACGACCGGGUGUCCAGUCGACUGACUCAUCCGAGCAAAUAUCAAAAACCACCUCUUCCGAGUGGUUUGAGCAUUCAAGCAGGGUCUUGCGUCAUCCUACUCGUGCAUUGCUUGUCGGUGUCUUUAUGAACCAGCCUUUGUCAUACGUUCUCUCCCAACAACAGAAGCUGGGUCUUGACGUCGUGCAGCUCCACGGCUCCGAGCCCUUGGAAUGGGCCAGCUUGAUCCCCGUACCGGUAAUUCGGAAGUUCGCUCCAGGUGAUCUUGGAAUUGCCCGCAGGGCAUACCACACGCUUCCUCUAUUGGAUUCUGGCGCGGGAGGUUCCGGCCAAUUGCUCGAGGAAGCAGGUGUUCAAAAGGUCCUCGACAGCGAUGAAGGCUUGCGAGUGAUCCUGGCAGGCGGUUUGAACCCCGACAAUGUUAUUGAUAUCGUCAAGAAGUUGGGCGAGGCAGGGUCCAAGGUUGUGGGAUUGGAUGUCAGCUCCGGAGUGGAGACCAACGGCGCUCAGGAUUUGGAGAAGAUCCGCGCCUUUGUGAAGGCAGCCAAAAGUGUUCGUGCAUGA